GUUCUGUAAGCCGUGUGAUUCGAACUGAAGACCAAGUAUUUGAGGAGGCAGAGUUCUGUAAGUGGUGAGAUUCGAACUGAAGACCUAGUAUUUGAGAAAAAAUGAGUGCUCCAGAAUGGCUGAACAAUGGAGACAACGCAUGGCAAAUGACGGCGGCGACGAUCGUGGGAAUGCAAUCGGUGCCAGGGCUUGUCAUUCUGUACGGAAGCAUCGUGAAGAAGAAAUGGGCCAUCAAUUCGGCCUUUAUGGCGCUCUAUGCUUUUGCAAUGGUGCUGGUUUUGUGGAUGCUUUAUGCUUAUGAUCUGUCUUUCAAUCCCAGCAAUACAAUUAUUCCCAAGUUUUGGGGAAGGCCAGAGGCUUUGGCACUGGGGCAAAAACAGCUUCUUGAGGAGUGGUCUCCCACUGGUUUGCCCAGCGCUACGAAUGUGUUCUUCCAGUUUGUGUUUGCGGCCAUUACGCUCAUUCUCAUUGCUGGAUCGCUUCUGGGCAGGAUGAAUUUCCAGGCAUGGAUGUUGUUCGUGCCUCUCUGGCUCACUUUCUCCUAUACCAUUGGGGCAUAUGCCCUUUGGACUGGAUUUUUUCACACCAAGGUUGUAACUGUUGAUUUUGCUGGGGGUUACGUUAUCCAUCUUUCUUCGGGCAUUGCAGGCUUUACGGCUGCCUACUGGGUGGGUCCAAGGACAAAUAAAGAUCGAGGGCAAUUCCCCCCCAACAAUGUGGUGCUGAUGUUAGCAGGGGCAGGAAUGCUGUGGCUGGGAUGGUCGGGCUUCAAUGGAGGAGCCCCCCUUGCUGCAAAUCAGAUUGCUUCUUUGGCAGUCAUCAACACACAUACAUGCACCGCCACUAGUCUUAUCACCUGGUUAUGCCUCGAUAUGGUCGUAUUUGGAAAGCCUUCAGUCAUCGGUGCGGUACAAGGAAUGAUCACUGGUCUUGUGUGCAUUACUCCUGGGGCAGGAAUUGUGCAAUCAUGGGCAGCCAUGGUGAUGGGAUUACUAUCAGGCAGCAUUCCAUGGAUGACAAUGAUGUUACUUCACAAGCGCUCCUUUUAUCUCCGUAAGGUAGACGAUACAUUAGGAAUGCUCCAUACUCAUGCUGUGGCAGGGCUUCUUGGGGGCAUUCUUUCUGGCAUCUUUGCCCACCCUACCUUGUGUGACAUUUACUUCUCAGUCGAUCCAAAACCAAUUGGAUUACUCUACGGAUCACGCCACUAUGAGAAUGACAAUGGUCGUUGGCACCGCUCAGGUCCCAAACAAUUGGGUUUUCAGGUCUUAGCUGCAUUGUUUAUCAUAGUUCUUAACAUUGUGGUGACGAGCAUCAUAUGCUUAGUGAUCAAGGUCAUUGUUCCCCUGCGCAUGUCUGAUGAGGCACUAGAUAUUGGAGAUGAUGCAGUGCAUGGGGAAGAGGCCUACGCUAUCUGGGGUGAUGGUGAAGCUCUUAAAACUAACAAUCCUGAACCGGAGGAGACUGCCUCCAAAUGGGGCUACGCCGUCUAAGAUGGUCUCAUCCAAACUGAACUUCCAUUGUUGACGUAAUAAAAUGCAGACAUAGGAUAGAUGUUACACUACACAUAUUAGUACAGAUAUAUACUUGAGCCCAGGCAUUAUA